GUCAAGAAGGUGAGCUUGGGCAGCGAGGCCCUCUCUCAGGCGUUCCUGGCAGGAAACAAGGUGCGCAUGCUCAACUUCACGAAAAUGCCUCACAACACCUCGAUUGGCAUGAAGGGCAUUCAGACGACCUGGCGCAAGAAGGAGAGCAAGUCACAGAACUUGGAUGAUUUUGCGAUCGACAGCACUCGAUCUGCCUCGCUGAUGGUCCGUGGCAGCCCGUGGCGCGCAGACUCCAUGGAGGGCUUUCCUGCGUCUACCACAGCUUUGGAUGGCAGCCGGCGCUGGACUUUGGAGGUGAGUCGGAGCACAACUUACACGGUCUUGGAGUGA